AUGCAGUUUAUGCUAUUCAAAACUGAUUAAUGUCUUUUGUUGGAAAUAUCUAUUUUCACGAAGCAUUUAAUGAAGCUCUCAAUAAAUUUUAUUUACAUAAAGAAUCAGGAUAAGAUAUAGAGUUCACUUACAAAUUUACUGAUAAUGAAAAGGAAAGUAUGGUUGUCAGAAAAAUUCUACCAACAAAUAAUCCUAAAAUUAAAAUAGUAUAAUUUAGUAAAUAACUAGGUUUAUACAAAAUAAUGAUGCAAUAAGAGAUACUUCAAAUUUAAGAAAUUUUUAUGGAGAUGAAGGAUUUUUGUUUUAAUGAAUGAUGAGGAAUAUUGAAAGUUCUUUAGUAAAACAGAUAUUUAAGGUUACGUUUAUAAAGCUUAAAGGAUGACAUAGAAUAUAGGUGAAAUAAAAAUCUAAUACUAAUAGGAGGGUAUUCAUGCAAAUGUUAAAGAGCUAGUGGAAAAAACUAAUCAAAAUGCAAAUCAAGAUUAAAAAAAUUCAACUUCAAUUUAGCCAGAAUGUAAAUACAAUUAUACGAUGAUGUAUUAAAUUUUGACAAAAGAAGAUUCAGUUAUUCAGUUAUAAGCAAAAAUGAGUACUUAUUUAAAAAAUUAAAUAAAAAAGUAUAUUUUAGUUUUUUUAUUAGGCUUAAUCAUUUAAAGGAAUAUUUCCUCUCAUAACCACUCCAUUAUUAAGUUAUUAUAUAUUAUAAGCAUUCUAAUCUAGAUUACCAAAGUAUAUUUAUAAAAAUAUUAAUAUAUAUUAAGAAUGAAUUAAUUUAGAUUCUAUGUAAAAAAUCAUAAUUUUGUGAAAUGCUCACAUUAAAAGGAAAGCAUUGCUAACUUAUUUAUUUUAAUCAUUUAUUUUUAACAACGAUAUCAUCAUAUGAUCACUACCUCUCUCAUAACUAUUAAUACUAUUUUUUAACAUUAUUUUUAACUGUUAUCCUUAAAGUGUAUCUCCUAACAAAAAUCUUUGUUACCAUUUUUAUUCUCCUUUAUAAGUUAUUUAUUUUCAUUCUAAAAUCGCGAUAUAAAUCAAUCCAUUUUAACAUCUCCUUCAUCUCCAAAAAUUUUCUAUCAUAAAAUUAUUUUUCAUUUUCACAUAUUAAAGCUUCACUAUUUUACAAUUAUAUUUUAUGUUUACCUAUUGCAAUUCCUAUUUACUAAUUUUAAUAUUGGAAAAUAGAAUAAAUAGAAAAUUUCACCAAUAAACAAAGUAAUUCACCAAUUAUAUUAUUUAGGUUGUUAUUUAAUUAAAUUCCUCUCACACACUAUAUUACAUAUUUAAUUAAAUAAGUUUUCUAAUUUAUUUAAUAUAAUUGAAACAUUGAUUAAAUAAUAAUAAAUGUAUUAAAUUAUUUAAUUUCAGUCAAAAUAUUUGGAUUUGCAGCUUAGCACAUUAGAUUGA